CGACCUCCUCUGGACCCCAUGCAGUUGGUUGGACUCCGCCCAACUAGGCUAGGCCGGCCUAGAUACUAUAGUAGCUAGCUAGCUGUGUUCUUUCUGAUUUUCGCUGUUUGUGCUGCGUGCUCUUGAUCUUGGCUCUGAUCUGCAUUUCUGGCGAAUGCACGAUCUAGGAUGGAGCUGAAGAUGUUAUUUACACCUAUACCAAGCCUUGCAAUAGUCAGAUUCUGGCAGGGGCUUGUGGAAAUCAUCCUUCGAACACUCUGUAUCGUGCUGAUUGUGUUGGCAUUUAUUGGUGGUAUAGCUGCAGUGAGGGACCUAGGAGGGCCUGAAACACCUGUAGCCCCCAUUGAAGCCCUACGGUACAGGACCAGAUCACCAAGUGGGUGGAUCCUUCUGGUCACUUUAAUUGCACUAACACUAGAAGUUCUUAUCCUCAUUGUUCGAUUUUUGGGUUUGCCAGCUGUCAACAAGUACUCCACAAUCUUCAUAGUCAUUGAUAUGUGUAUCAGUUUUGCAAUAGCCGUUUGCUUCUUUGGCGGAGCAUUACCGCUCGGUAUACAUGCCACCGAAUGGGCUAAAUGGAGGAGCAGGGGUACAGAUAUGGAGAAUACCAUAUAUGGCCUUUAUGGAAUUGUACCAUCAGUUGGAGCUGAGGCAGCAUUCUCAUUCUUGGCAUCGUUCGGCUUUACUGCCCUUGGAAUCUGGAUGACAGUAUUCUUGAUCCUGAAGUGGAACAAAAACCUGGACCAGUACAUUGUAAACCCCAGGACGAUCGAGAUUAAGAAGGUAACAGAUCUAGAGGCUGAUGUACAGCCUGUUACAGAGUUAAAGGGAGGACAACUGGAGUUCACUGAGGAAAAUACUGGCUGACAUGUGAACACAUUUUUUUUAAUGCCCCACGACUAUAUAUUAAUUUUUAAGAUUUUUAAUUGUAUAAUAGAUAAACAGCUGGUGGUUACCUUUGAGUGCCACUGGCUGUUUAUGCUUAGCCUCUAUAAUUAUAUAUACAUGUACAUGUUCAUAUUAAGGCGAAUUUUCAAACUUA